CCUAUCACCUGCAUCCCCGUUGUCGUCCCAGAGUCAGCCUCGCUUCCUUUGAUCUGUCACUCCAACCCAACUUUGACACAGCACCUAGAACACCUCCAAUCAGCCCUCAAUUAGCUUUUCCUGUGCUUCUUAUUCUGCAACAAUCAGAAGAAGCCCCCAGCAGAGCCGUCUACUACUCCCAUCAAGAUGUCUACCAUCGCAUCCCCCCGCGAACCACCAGCCCUCACCCGCCGCGUCUCAGCACAACCACACACCCCAACAUCCUCGACCAGACCCUCCCUCGACACCCCCCGCUCCCUCACAAGCUCCCCGAACCCAGGCUCCUCUGCAACCUUCGGCAAUGGGACCGGCCCCGGGGGCCCGGCGCCAGCAGGAGGGGUACCCUCAAAGCGCGCGAACCGAGCCGCCCUCCGCGAGUACUACAACCUCAAAAAGGCCGCUGCGGCCGGCGGGAAUGGUACGCCCCCUUCACUAGAAAUCACAGAAGACCAUGAACGCCACGCGGAGCACUCCGAGGUCCCGCCCAGCGAGCUCGACAGCCCGUCCUUUGACGCCGAGGCGUACGUGCGCAAGGCGCUGGCGGAGAAUACGCUCGACGAUCUGCUGCGCGUAUAUACCCGUGUGCUGGGCGAGAUUCGGGCGCUUGAUGCGGAGAAGAAGGCGUUGGUAUACGAUAAUUACUCCAAGCUCAUAUCCGCAACGGAGACGAUUCGCAAGGUAAGCAAGGGAAAUAUGCGCGCAAACAUGGACCCCCUAAACCCCAUGGCCUCGACCCUCGACCCUGCGAUCGCGGGCAUCUACGCCCAGGCGAGCUCGAUCCGCGAGGCCCUACGCAAAACGGUCGCGCCGCCAGCGUCCAAAGAGCGCGAAGUCGAGGCGGCGGCGGCGCGGCGGCGGAGGACGCGGGAGCUCGCGAGGGAGGUGCUGGGGGCGCCUGAGAAGCUGCGGAGACUGGUCAAGGAGGGCAAGGUCGAGGAGGCGAGGCGGGCUUGGGAGAUGCCGCGGCGGCUGCUGGAGGUUUGGAAAGAGAAGGGGGUCGGCGGGAAGGAUGUGGUUGAGUGUCUGGAAGAGGGGGAUGCGGCGCUGAGGCUUGGCUCUGGGGAAAGCAGUGUGAGGGCUUCAAAGGAUAGCGGGAGAUCUUGAGUCUUCUUGUUUUGAUGUUGUGCUUUUAAGAGGGUUUUGCGGGCAUAGCGAUGGAGUUAUCUGGUGUUUGGGCUUGGCGCUACUUUUGUGGUUUGGAGCAAAAGAGACAGAUUCGUCGACUAGAACUGGACAAAAUUCACGGAUUUCGCACGUU